AUGUCCGGCAUGCACUCUACCUUCUCUACCUCCAUCACCGGCGACAAGCAGCAUAGCUACGCCGUCCUCUCAGCCAUCCAGCAAGGAUCGGCGGCCGAGAGCUCCCAGACACAAUUCUCUUCCGGUCAACAACAUCCGAAAGAGUUUGACGCCGCCUCGGUCUCCAGCUUCGGUAGCUCCGUCUCUCUGUUGAAGGACAAACGCCACCGCUCCCAUAACAAGUCCUUAACCGCCAAGAAGUCUUCAUCUCUGGUUGCCCGCCAACGAGCCGCCGAGGACGCCAACGCCCAGGUCCUUAAAAACCAAGUACGCCUUUCUAUUUAG